CUCCGCGCAGCGCUUCAGUCGCCGAUUAGAGCUCGCGUCAGUCGGACGCGUGACGUUUAAUUUCGUCUCGCCGCGUCAUUCGUCUUGUUUACGCUCACUAAACCAACAAUAUUUUGUAUUCCUAUUAGUGCGUGAUGAACCAAACAGUUAUCCAUUCACUAAACUUAACGCGUUCUCUCACAUAACUAAACUGAAUUUUGACCUUGUUUGCUAGGUGAAGAGAGCGUCUCGGAUGCUAUCUGUGAAGUGCGUCGCUGUGUUUGGAAGUGUUAUUGGACUUUGAAGAUGUCGACGUUGAGUGUGAGAGCACCCCUGCAGACCACAACCUUGCUGGACACGAGGUCCAUGCGCGUGCGAGGAGUAACCACCCUCGAUGGAGUCAGGAGGAACCUCUUUGGUUGCACAGACAGGGAAGAGAACAGAAGGUUCGCCGAGCGAGAACUCGCAAGGCAAUUGGAAUUGGACAGUCAGAAAUGGGGCUUCGACUUUGCUCAGGAAAAGCCAUUGCCAGGAGACCAGCGGUUCGAGUGGAGUUUAGUGGCAGCGUCUGCCAUCCCAGCAGCCCUGCGACGAGCUCCGAUCACCAUCACCAGCAUCAGCACUCCCCAGCCGGCUGCGCCCAAGCAAGAAGUCAAAGUUUCAAGUCCAGAAAACAGCAAAACGCAAAAGAGAAUCACAGAUUACCUGAAGCCCCGCAAGCGGUUAUCGGCCGGCGGCAAGAAGUCUCCCGCCCACAAGCACGAGUGCGGGCACCGCGCGCACAUCCGCCCGCCCAAGGUGGCACGCCUCUCGCCCGCGCACUUCAAGCGCCCCAGCUAGGCGCCGCCCGCCCUAACCAGGACCAACUGGACUCAUAUCCAAUCAGACUUCCAAAAAGUCGCAUACCAGCAUCCAACACUCAAUCAAUGGUCUGCGGUGAAAUGCCGGCAGCUACGUCCAGACCUUGUCACGUUCAUCAGGUUGGGCUCGGUAUGACAAAUGAUUGUGCAAAUUUAUUAUAUUUCUUAAUUUAUUUUGGAUGUGAUUGUUUUCACUAUGCGGAGAACAAUUUAUUUAAUGUUAAGUAAUUUGUAAGACAGUUUCGGUAUACCAAGGUUUAUAUUCGUGGACUCCGCGUUAAGAAUGUCUUUUGGGUCUGAUGAUUAUUGUAUCCAGUAGUUUCCGCUUGUCACCUUCAUUAUCCUUUGUCAUCACAAGAACAUUGUUUGGCUCGACAUCAAAUGAUUUCAUUUCAUCCAUCCACAACAGCUUGUCGUGAAACAAACCAUUUGCAAUAUUACAAUAUUUAUAGACUUAGUUUUAAGUUUUUAUGAUCUCUUUUGACGGUUAGAUUUAGAAUUGAGUAAGUGUAGCGUAAUUAAUUAAGAUGUCAGAUUUUGUGUUAAGGUUUGCAUUGUGAACGACUGGCGCGCUCAGGCCGGUCCAACUUCCGAAAUAAUUGUGGUCACAACCAUAAGAAAAGCUGAUCAGUUGUUCUUAUGUCACAACUACUUUAAGCAAUACCUCUCGAGCGCUCAGAAGUCGCACCGGAAUUAAAUUUCAGACGACUUCUGGGAAUUCGCGACGUAUUCCCAAAUCACACUGAAUUCUCUUUCAUAUUUUUCGUACACACGAGAAAUGUGUCAGAGAUAAAUUUUACACACUCGAACACAGCAUCUGUAACUUGUUGAACCGACGGCGUAGCGUAGGCGAAAUACAAAUACUCAAGUAAACAAUAUUUUGUUACCUCGUAACAGAAUUAAUUUGCCGAUAUUUACAUUCUAACUGUUAAGUGUACAACGUUUUAUUAGAGAAUUGAGUAUUUGUGUUUUAACAAUAUUACUCCUAUUACAAAUUAUAUUUGUUUUGUUGUUGUAUUAUAAUGGAUUAUAUCUUUAUCAAUAUAUUGAUGAUUGUUUUUAUAAUAUUGGAUUACAGAAACUUUUAGUAGUUCUAGUUGUUCCGGAGUUUCCCUUUCACAGCAAUAUUCGGUCACUAACCGCGGCCCUUUAUUAAAGUACAAAUUAUAUCGCCAGUUUAGGUCGAAGGGCCGCGGUCUGCAUACAAAAGAAAUACUCAUCAGUUAUCAUUUCAUAUCAUUCGUCUUAAUGUAACUCUUAUUUUAUAGGUUUGAUUCGUUUUAUGUAAUGUUUUAAUGGCAUACUCUGUAUGACUAGUUGGAGUUGUACAUCGAAGAUUGUAUUAUUUUAUUCUAUCAGUGCGUCUGCCAAAGCGCUUCUGCUACGAACUGCCGACUACUUGUGAAUGAAAUAUUAAAUGAACUUUCUCUGUAACUAUAGCACGCUAUUUUUUUACAACGCGUUAUGACGUUUACAAAAGUUUACUUUAUGACUGUUUGAAAAAAAUGACGUUACUUGAUAUUUUGAUGAAUUAUGUUUUGUGGGGUGUCUCGGACAGAUUCACGAGUUGAUUUUUAGUUUGUUGUAAUCAUGUUUUAUACUGCGACCAUGUAGAGUCAAAGUAUAAUGUGCUUGUGCAUGCAUACAUUAAAAAUCAUGAUUUUUAUUUAAGAACUUAUAAUAAUGUAAAACACUGUUAGGUUCACUUGUACCGUUUUAAUAAUGUGGCGUUAGCCUAACUAUGAAUUGAUACAUUCUCUAGCUGUCAAUUUGUUUAAGUUGAUAGAGAUAGAAUAGCUAUUUAUUCAUAGUUAUGUUAACGCUAGCGGCGCAAGUGUCCCUUUAGUUGAUUCUGUAUAAUGUAUAAUAAUUGAAACUCAAAUAUGUAAAUAGGAUUAGAAUAUACUGCAAAUAGUUGUUUGCUAAUGUCAGACAACUUAUUUCCAAAUAUAUUCGUUCCGUUGCACUCUGUUUGUGACAUCCCACUGAUUUUGUAAAGUGUUGUUUUGUAAAAAUAUUAUUUUUGGUAUUGUUAUGUGCCAAGAGCUGAAUAUAAGACUUAAUUUAUGCGUAGUCAUUCCUGAAUACUAUUGAUUUGUCAUCAAAAUGUGUGAAUGCAAUAACACUCAUGGCGUUAAUGUUGCAAUUAUGUCAAAAAAAAAGCUCAAUGCUAAGAUACAACUAUGAUACAAAUCAAAAAGUCAGGAGUUACAACUAUGAUUCUUAACUUUAACUAUCCAAAACUUUUUUCAAUAUCCCGGCUUAAUUUUCAAGCUUCGCUGCAAGCUCUGUCGCUGUAGCCACAAGAGCCCUUUGUAAUUUUAAUUUUUCUCUAACACCUGUGAUGUAUUAAAUAUGAUCUCAGAACAUAAUGUACUAUACCCAAUUUCAUAUUUAAUAUUUGUUUAAAAUAGUGUUACUGAAGCGCAAAGUAACAUGUAUCCCAGGCGAACGUACGAACGUCACGAUGAGAAAUAAUUUAAUACAUCAGUUAAUAAUAUUUUGGUUAUCGCCAUUAGUGCGUAGGUAGGGUUACUGUAAGUUGAUGGAAUGGACUGAGUUCGGAGGCGAGGGCCCCGGCGCACUGUAAAUAACUGCACUCUAGUGUAUUUAUUGAGAAAACGGGGCAAACACGCUCGCAGGUGACCUAUGUAAGGGAUACACAAAAAUAUCUAAUAUAUUUGUAUGUUAAUUAUUAUAUUCAUAAAGCUUCAGAGGCAAUAAUUAUGGUUCUUUCAGAACGAGACACAAAGAUUAAUUAAGUAAAGCUUAACUUGUACUUGAAUCACAUUUUCCCGCCCUGUGACGUAACAGGAUAAGUGCAAGCAAGGAAUACCGCUGGGCGUUAAACUAUGUAAAUACUUGGACAAAAUUCAAUUAACAUUUUAUAGUGUAUGCGUAUAUUAUUAUAUUAUGUAAUGUAUGAAAACUUAAAUUUAGUUAAAAAAGCUUAUUUCACAGAA